GUGCAGUUUGGCCCAAUGAGACUUCAUCAAGAUCAACUUCAGGUACUUUUAGUGUUUGCUGAGGAAGACGAGCAGAGUAACGGGUUCCGCUGGGCGUGUGACAAGGCUGGAUUUCGAUGUAAUAUUGCCAGGACACCUCAGUCUGCACUAGAAUGUUUCCUAGAUAAACACCAUGACAUUAUCAUUAUUGACCAUAGGCAUUCCAGAUACUUCGAUGCAGAAGCACUAUGCAGGUCUAUCAGAACAACGAAAGCCUCAGAAAAUACAGUCAUUAUUUGUGUAGUACAAAGGCACACUGAUCGUGAGGAGUCAUCAAUAUUGCCCCUGAUCUCUGCUGGCUUCACAAGGAGAUAUGUAGAAAAUCCUAGUAGAAUGGCCUGUUACAAUGAGUUGAUUCAACUGGAAUUUGGACAGGUGAAGGCACAAUUCAAAUUAAGGGCAUGUAAUUCAUUAUUUACAGCAUUAGAGAAAAGUCAAGAAGCCAUUGAGAUCACAAGUGAAGACCAUGUAAUACAGUACGUCAAUCCUGCUUUUGAAACAAUGAUGGGCUAUCAAAUAGGUGAACUAAUAGAAAAGGAAUUAACAGAAGUGCCUAUAAAUGAAAAAAAAGCUGAUUUCCUAGAUACUAUUAAUUCCUGCAUAAAGAUAGGAAAGGAAUGGCAAGGAAUGUACUAUGCGAAAAAGAAAAAUGGAGAUAGCAUACAACAAAAUGUGAAGAUACUACCUGUCAUUGGACAGGGAGGAAAGAUUAGACACUAUGUGUCAAUUAGUAGACUGUGCAAUGACAACAAUAAGGUGGAGAAGACAUGUGAAUGUAUUCAGGCUGAAUCUCAGACAGAUACUCAGACUUGCAGACACAAAGACAUGAGGAAAGGAUCCCUGGAUGUCAGAUCCACAACAUCACGUGGGAGUGAUGGCAGCUCCCAGCGGCGCCGCUCCUCCAUGGCCAGGGUCCAUUCCAUGACUAUCGAGGCUCCCAUCACCAAGGUAAUAAACAUCAUCAAUGCUGCACAAGAGAGCAGUCCCAUGCCAGUUGCAGAAGCUUUAGACCGGGCUUUGGAGAUUUUAAGAACCACUGAACUGUAUUCUCCACAACUGGGGACAAAAGAUGAGGAUCCACAUACAAGUGACCUUGUUGGAGGGUUAAUGACAGAUGGUUUACGAAGAUUAUCUGGGAAUGAAUACAUAUUGUCAGCAAAACAAACUCACCAGGUUGCUGGCAGUCUGAGCUCUCCAAUCUCUCUCAAUGACAUACCCCCACGGAUAACACAGGCAAUGGAAAAUGAGGAACAGUGGGAUUUUGAUAUCUUUGAACUUGAGGCUGCCACCCAUAAAAGGCCUUUGGUUUAUCUGGGUCUCAAAAUAUUUGCUCGCUUUGGAAUCUGUGAAUUCCUAAACUGUUCAGAAUCCACUCUGAGGUCAUGGUUACAAGUUAUUGAGGCUAACUACCAUUCCUCCAACUCCUACCAUAAUUCUACUCAUUCAGCAGAUGUACUACAUGCUACUGCUUACUUCUUGUCUAAAGAAAGAGUAAAGCAAACUCUGGAUCCGAUUGAUGAGGUUGCAGCACUCAUUGCAGCCACAGUCCAUGAUGUGGAUCACCCAGGAAGGACAAAUUCUUUCCUGUGCAAUGCUGGCAGUGAGCUCGCAAUUCUCUAUAACGACACGGCCGUGCUGGAGAGCCACCAUGCUGCCCUGGCUUUCCAGCUCACCACCCGGGAUGGCAAAUGCAAUAUAUUUAAAAACAUGGAGAGGAAUGAGUAUCGAACCCUUCGCCAAGUCAUUAUUGACAUGGUCUUAGCAACAGAAAUGACAAAGCACUUUGAGCAUGUCAACAAGUUUGUCAACAGCAUUAAUAAACCCUUGGCAGCACUAGAAGAAAAUGGGAAUAAUGGUGAUGGAGAGUCAAUCAAAACUGUUCUCAGGUCUCCUGAAAACCGUAUCCUUAUCAAGCGCAUGUUGAUAAAGUGUGCUGACAUUUCCAAUCCAUGCAGACCCAGAGAACAGUGCAUAGAAUGGGCUGGACGCAUCUCCGAGGAGUACUUUGCACAGACUGAUGAAGAAAGGAGGCAAGGUUUGCCUGUUGUGAUGCCAGUUUUUGACAGAAAUACUUGCAGCAUCCCUAAAUCUCAAUUAUCAUUCAUUGAUUACUUCAUUAUUGAUAUGUUUGAUGCGUGGGAUGCAUUUGCAGACCUGCCAAAUCUGAUGGAGCAUCUGAAUAAUAACAUUAAAUACUGGAAAGGACUGGAUGGAAGGAACCUGCGAGUCCUUCGACCACCACCAGAAUAG